GUCCUGCCACAGUCCUGGAGCCUAAGGUUGCGCCCGGGCCACUGUCGCCGUUCCAUCGUGCACCAUGAGCCGGGGUCCCCGUCUGCUGCUGCCCGCGGUGCUCUUCCUGGGGCUCGGAGGCCUCGUGUCUUCUUCGGGGUCAUCGGGCGUCCGAAAGCGAGGUCCCUUGGUGACGGACAAGGUCUUCUUUGAUGUGAGGAUCGGAGACAAAGAUGUGGGUAGAAUUGUGAUUGGCCUCUUUGGAAAAGUUGUACCCCGGACGGUAGAAAACUUCGUGACUCUGGCAACAGGAGAGAAAGGCUAUGGGUACAAGGGAAGCAUAUUCCAUCGCGUCAUCAAGGACUUCAUGAUUCAAGGAGGGGACUUCACGGCUAGAGACGGCACUGGAGGUAUGAGCAUUUAUGGUGAGACAUUUCCUGAUGAGAACUUCAAACUGAAACACUAUGGCAUUGGGUGGGUCAGCAUGGCCAAUGCUGGACCAGACACCAAUGGUUCCCAAUUCUUCAUCACCUUGACCAAGCCCGCCUGGUUGGAUGGCAAACAUGUGGUAUUUGGAAAAGUUCUGGAUGGGAUGACUGUGGUACAUUCCAUAGAACUUCAAGCAACGGAUGACCAUGACCGCCCACUUACCGACUGCACCAUUGUCAACAGCGGCAAGAUAGAUGUGAAAACACCCUUUGUGGUUGAGGUCCCUGACUGGUGACAGAAAUGGAGGAAAACAGGGAACGCACUGGCUGGUCCAUGUGCUCAUCUGCUAUCCACCAGCUGUCUUUUGACUCUUUAGUUACUUAAAGUUGUAAUUAAAAAAAUUUUUUUCUCUUUUAAUUUCCCAGUCUAGAUUGCAAUGAAGAUUUAAAAAUCAACCACACAGCCAGAUGUCUCAACAAACACCUGUCAUCCCAGUAUUUGGGAGGUGCAGGCAGGAGGAUCAGGAGUUAAAGGCCAGCCUUAGCUACAUAGUGAGUUUGGGGCUAGCCUUGUCUAUGUGGAACCCUGUUCAAAAAAGCAUACCAACAACAAUAAAAACCAACUCCUGCUUAGGUGCUUUAAUUGAAUGACAUAUCCUUCUCUUCUAGUGGUGCUAUUUUCAAAUCAGAAAACUUCUCAUAUGCUAUUUGUUUUUACAAACACAGUCUUUUAGUCUCACAUGGUUUCUUGUGAUCUCCAUUUGGGUGAUCGGAGGGUUUGUUUGAGGAAGGUGGACUAUAAUGAGGCUUAGCAUUUUCUGUUCAAAUAAUUCUUGUCGGGUAAAGGGAAACUGGAGUAGUAUCAUAUGUUGUGUAUCAUCAGCAUUUUGGGGCUUUGAUGUUCUUUAUAUUAAAUACUUUUUAAAUGAAUUGA